AUGAUACGAGUACUGCAUUCACGCCGCCUCAGGAGAAGCAUGUGGCUUUGUGUGUCCCUCCCUGUUUGGAAAUUGGCUGACUGCGCCUUCCUUGUACCCCCAAAAGGUCGUUCACCUAGAGUUGUAGGGGUGCCCAAGCCUCCCUUUUUUGUGAAGGCAACCGAAAAGGAACAAGAAGAAGGCAGUGAAAGUCUCUCUUCUUCUCUCAGUUUGAAUUCUCUUGUCGUUGAAGAAUCCCAGUACUUUGCAGAUGACAGUAUGUUCCCCCAAGACACGGAGUCUCUAUUAGGCAAUGCCCAACCGGGACAAGAGCCCAGCAAUAAUGGAUUUCUACAAAAGUCAUCUCUUCCAUAUGAUGAUUGGGAAGGUUUUGUGCUGUGGUGGACCCCCCUUGUGGUCCCCGUCUUGGCAUACGUCUUGUACGACGAUACGGCCUACGUGUUUCGCCUGUUCUUGGAGGUCUUGGCCAAUAACAAGUGGGUCGCUGUGGAUGGUGGUGCCUAUCAAGCCAAAAUUAUUGCUCCGUCAAUCGAUGGAGUUGUGGUUCCGGCUAUAUCCAUCCUAUUUGCGACCCAGAUAUCUACCACAUACUCGACCCUGAUGAAGAGGCAGAGGGACAUUCGGACCGCACUUAAUAUGGAAGCAGGACAGUUGCGUAUACUACAAUCGCUCCUACAGGUCUUUCCAACACUGGAAACGAGAAUGGUGUGUCGCCGCUAUCUGGCUCAAUACACCUCUCGCUUGAUCGCCGAGAGCCAACCAAAGGUACCUCUCGAAUCCCUAGAGUUUUCCAUGGAUACCGAGCUCAAUGCCCUUAUGGAUCAAAUCAAUCGAAUAUCUGCCAACACUGCCACCGAUCCACCAGAUGCGACAACCACCAAUUCCCCAAAGGUACCCGGGUUGGUCCUGGCAAAUUGCUUUACAGUCUGUGGAAAACUCUUCGAUGAAAGAGCCAAGCGGAUAACGGCAUUAAGAAGCCAAUUUCCACCGUUGCACUAUUUUGUCGUGGCGGUUCUUGCCGUUUCCAUUUGCAUUGCCUUUCUACUCGAGUCCAAUCAAGCGUUGUUGGUAUUCCUGAAUGCCGUUCAAUUACGGAUACUGUGGACCAUGUUGGUCGGGACGUUCUCGGCCUUGGCCAUUGUCUGUUACGACCUGGGAAACCCUUUUCAAGGAAGCUACCAAAUAUCUCCCGCGGUGGAUCAACUCUACACGAUCCGACUCACUUUGCAAACAAGCUUGUAUUUGGAUCAACAGCAGGAGCAAGAAGAACAACGACAGAAAACUCCAUCUCAAGACGAUGCAGAAAACAUCAAUGGAUCUGCUGAAGAGCCAGGAGAAUCCAAUCAACCUGAGCCUCAUCAGUGA